AAUUGGACUUACAACCAUCGCAUCCCUCUCUCUGCACUCCAAGUUGCCUCUUCUUUCUAAAAUUUUCCCUCCUCUCUGCUCAUCCGUCUCCCUGCACAGACUAACAGGGGCUCCUCUUAAACUUUUCUACAAAGUUUGACUUUAUUUGUUGAAUUCUUAUUUUCCAUCUCCGUCUGUGUCUGUGUGCGUGCGUCCUUGUGCGCACAGCUUAUCCAUUUGCGCACCGGUCCACUGACUCCUGACAACUUUUCAGAGAGCCCGGAGCACGUGACAGUCCCCGGACCUCCAUUCAUUUAUUUAUUAUUUGUAUAUUUAUUUAUUUGCUUGUAUUUUCUGCCUCUGGACCAGAAUCAAUAUGAAAUUGCUGCUCGACUCCUCAUCUUCACUGCUCCUCUCACUACUAUUGGCUCAGCUGCCUGUCUUCACUUCAGCUUCACCUGUACCUCACCGGCGCUCUGAGCUGGACAAACUGUCCAAUCAGACCAGAAACCUCAUGAAGCUCACCCAAGAGCUGCUGAAGGAGCACGCGUUUGACUCAGACGUGGAGUCGCACAGGUUCAGAUCUCUGCCCGAAAUGAGCAACAGAUCAGCCAAUGACCUCAGUAAUCUUGAGCUUAAGCCUACACUCUCUCAGCUCCACGCUGAUCUGAAACUCUAUGAGCACCACUUUGAGUGGCUCAACAGGGUUUCAAAAAAACACCAACACCCUGCUGUGCCCAAGCUGGUAGAGAUGAUCAAAGAAAUGAGAACUCUCAUUAAUCUGCUGCACCGUCAGAUGCAGAAAAUCGAAGCACCAAAGCUGACUAACCCAACACCUUCCCUGCCUCCCCACCUUCCCUAUCACUUUGAUGUCCUGCAGUCCAGCCACGAGCUCCUCCAGCACUUCAAGCUCUUCUGCGACUGGGCAUACAGAGCAUUCCUUAGCCUCAAGCCCAAAGCUUCAGCAGUGCAAUGAUGAUCCAAACAGCAGGCAGCUGCAGAACCAGCAGGGUUCAUCCUCAUUCAAACUGCAAACAGGGCCAUGUCAGUGUACAAUAAGGCUCAAAUCAGUGCUGUGUGUGUGUGCGUCUGUGAUGAAAAAUGAUAGCUGAUAAGGAUGUGGCCACACUGCAGCAUGACCAUCAAGAUUCCCGUUAAAACAAACUGUCACACCACACAGAUCAUGUCAAGAUUCUCCUGUCUCCCUCCUUAUAGCCUUUUCUUUGUAACCAUUGUUAUUUAUGUAUUUAUUUAUUUAUUGAAUGUUAAUAAUUUAUUUAUUUUUUUUAUUUAUUUGAUGGUCUAAUGCAUCUUUCUAGCCUGUAUUUCCUUACUAACGUGAAUUUAUUCACCAAUAUUUUGUAGUCUCUCUUCAAAUUAGCUUCUAUCUAUUUCGCAAACCGAAAAAAAAAAAAACUAUAAAAGAAAAAAAAACAAAAAAAUAAAUAACAAUAGCACUUUUUCAACCUGCAGCUCUUACAUUCUUUUUUGUUUAAACUUUUUCAGUUUUUAUUGCAUUUGUGUAUUUCUUCAUCGAGUUGUAUUUUAAGUAGAUGUAGCAUCUUCUACCUUACAGCGGCAUUGAAAUAAACAUUUAUGCAGAUGAUAAUAUUACCUCUACAUAAUGGUAAAUAUACUGCAUGAUAUCUUACCAGCCGAUGCCUUAACAAAAAUCUUUUGCAUCUAUUUGAAAAAAAAAAUAGUCCAAUCAUUAACCAAAGAGGCGAAAUCUUGCCUUGAAACAUGGACAGAGUUUCUAUUUUCCAAUGGUGACUUGUCAUGUACCACAAAAGGAGGCGCCUGUAUGAAACAUUGUGGUAAAGUCAUUUGAAUGUGCCCUCUUGCUGAGCACUGAUGGUCCUAAUUAGAGUCUUUGCACAAACUUGUUGGGAUUGGCCUCUUGGAUGAGUAAGAAGGCUGAUUUUGAACUUGUGCUUUGGGCUAGAAUUUUUUAUUUUUUUAAAGCACCCAAAGCCUUAAAAUACUAUGUAUUGUGACACUAUGUUCUGUACAGGUGUACAUAAAUGUACAAGAAUGUAAAUUGUUGUAUACAAGUGCUAAUGUGUAUCAUAUUGUUUUCAAUAAGAUAUUGGAGAUUACCGGUUUUUAUCACUAUCAUUCUUUAUUCAUUCCUAUUCUAGUAUUUGUUACAGUAUUGACUAUUUAUUUAAGUGACUUGAUGGAACUAUUUAUUUUGUGCUGCAGUGGAGCAAGUCUCCUUUCCCUUUUGUACUUUUAUACAGUUUUUAAUCUUAUUUGCUUUAUUGUACUAUCUCGUUUAAGUUAUUUCUGUCAUAUCAGAUGCCUUCUCCACACACUGAUUGGCCUCAAUGUGAAACGUGCCUUGGUGAAAUAAAUGAUAAAG